UUGUUUUAUUCCCAACAAAUCAAAAUGAAGAAUUCACAAAUGCUUGUGUGUUUUGGCUUGUUUUUCUUUGCUCUCCUUCAGAUUCCCAGUUCCAAUGCAUUUAGUAAAACGAACCCUAUAUAUAACGUUAAUCUUGCGCCCUUCAUUCAACGUUUAAGUGCAUACUACUGCAUAUACAAUGAGUCGUCGAAUUGCAGGGGAAACUUCAAUCUCACAAUGGAAGGAUGGUUGAACAUAACUGAAAGUGAAACAAGAGCAUUUUGCGAUGGAGGGUGUUUACAACACACCCACGAUGUUCUUCAAUGCGUUUGGUAUGUACUCGACGAUUUCAAGUUUGAGAAUGGCGCUACAAUCAAAAACAUAAAUGACACUAUCAACAUCGGAUGCGAGAAAGGUUUCAAUGGGACGACUAUUGUUGAUAAGAGUGACGCGACAAAAUUAGGCGGCAUGACAAUUUAUGCUUUGAUCUUUUUGGCCCUAUUUUACAUGUAGCAUUCACAACAAAGAGCAGAAAGGAAAGUCGCAAAAUAUUAUAAAGUUUACAACAAUAAAUAAGUCGAAAGUCGUUUGAUAAAACUAAGGAUAAAUGUAUAGUUCCAAAUAAAAGCAAGUACCAUGAGGCACAUCCUCAAUGCAGUUUGUAUUGAUAUGAAAAUACAGUUUUUCUGUUUAGUUUCUUA